AUGUUUUUUGCAGGUUAUAUUUCACAGGUACUAAAGAAUUACACCGACCAUGCCUGUGAUGGAGAAUAUGUCUCCCUGAGAUGUCCUCACCGAACUACCAUCAGCAUCCAGUCUUCUUUUUAUGGCCGAAUUGUACCAAGUCAUCAGAUGUGUCCUUCUCGCUAUCCCCACUCCUAUGCAACCUUAAUUAAAGAAGAUGUUGCCUGCUCAGUUGGCACUUCCCUUCAGAAGAUGCUGGAUGAGUGCCAGGACAGACGGAGCUGCCAGUUUCUUGUCAAUAGCCGACUCUUUGGUAUGGAUCCGUGCCCUGGAACCGGCAAGUACCUCAUCGUGUGGUACAAGUGCAGGCCAAAUGAAUACAAGAGUAAAGUAGCCUGUGAAGACGACAAGCUGAGGCUAAGCUGUAAGAAGAGCAUGGUGAUAGCCAUUUACUCUGCUAUCUUUGGGAGGACACAAGGAGGCAGCCUGGAGUGCCCAUACCAAAACCUAGGGAUGCCCAUGAUUGAGUGUCAGUCAGCUACUGCUCUCCAGCUCAUGAUCGAGCACUGUCAUGGGAAGAGAAGCUGCAGCAUAUAUGCCAGCACCUAUGAAUUUGGUGAUCCUUGUUACCCAGGCAUCCGAAAGCAUCUUAAUGUCAUCUAUACCUGUGAAUCCUUCUUUACUUGUGUUGGAAUUCCUCCCUUCCUGCAGACCAACCAUGUGGUUCGGGAAGAUUUUGAUGUCUUAGCCCAGGAUGGUGGAUUUUCAGUUGGCUUUACAGGAACUUUGCUAUGGCCAUCAGAGGCUCUGCAGCUGACACUUCAUGGCUUUGAUGUCAGCAUCUUUGAGGGAGUCAUCCUCAAUUUUCUGUAUGGGAAAAAUGACACAUCUCGGCUUGGAAUUUAUGUUAACAUGUACUUGUCUCCUGUUCAUGCUCAUGAUGGCCUAGAAAGCCUGAAGGAAAAUUCU